AUGCCCACCGACAUCUCAAUCCUCGUCUUCGUCGCCUCGCCGCUCGACUACGCCCGAUACCGGCACACAGCUCUAUUCUUCGACUUUGCGCAAACGCAAACACAAACGCAAACGCAAGGGACAGACAAGAAGAUUCAACCAGCAGCCCUUGAAAAUGGGAUCAAUACCCAAAUCAGAAACGAGCUAGAGCCCAAGAAUGCGGAGGAAGAUACAGGCGCAGAUGUAGAUGGAUCUCCAUCUCCAUCUACAGAAGACCCCUCCUCCUCCCCCUCCUCCGAGGUUAAAUCGUCUUUGAUGGAAAUCACCGGAUCACCAGGAUUCUUCAACUUUGCCGAACACAUAAACUCCGACAUCCCCAUCUCCUCUACCGGUACCUCUAACCCGCGUAAUCCCCGUCUCCUCAAUAAAAGACGCACCCCCCCCGCCCUCCGCCUCAUAACAUCCGAAACACCGAUCCCAAUCGACAUUGCAGAGGAAAUGGACUGGAAUGCCCAGAAUUGGGUCGGUGAUGCGCUGGACCGGCUUGUCAAGGCGGGCUAUUUGGAUACGGAGGAUCGGGAUCGGGCGUUGGAUGAGAUGGUGGAUGCUGUCCUAGAGGCUAAGGAUGAGGAGACUUCUUGA